AUCAUUGUAGAAUGGGUAUUACGUGAAUAUAUAUGGGGAUAUUUUCCAUUCAUGAGUCAAUCACCGUUCUUGAGGUAGGAACGAAUGGUGAGAUACAAAACUGGAACCUACGUAAGUAGUACGUUUAGAAAUGCCCAAGAUGUAUUGGAAGCGCCGAACGGUGGAAUGUUUACAUAAAUAAGCUUUUGCAUACAACGUGCGAUAUGCUAUGCUGAUAAGCAUUCAUCAGCCAAUCAAAACGAAAAGUUGCAGCCUUGAAACUGAUAGAGAAAAAUAUACAGUAUGUUAAACAGGCUCUUUAAUGAGACAAUUAAUAAAACCGGCUAAAGUCAAGGGUUAUUUUUGCCAUAACUACUUUUGAUCGCGUCAAACCCUACUUUAGCUUGUUCGGCAGUUAUCAGUUUGUAUUAGCGACCGAGGGUUAUGUGACAGGAUCGUCGGCUAACCUUCCUUCAAGUAAACCCAUUUUUCUUCCAUUAAAUAGCAAUUGGAGUUUUAUAAUAUGGCAUUUUUGACAUGCGGUAUAAUUCGGAUCUUCUCAAGAGAGUGUAGAAUUAGUUAUAAACAAAUACAGCUGGCUAAGGUUUCUGUCUCACGGUUUUCUACCGCAGCUGAUGUUAAGGAUCAGCAGCCCGAAAUUACAUUGAAACCUCCAGUCGGAGAUGGAAAAAUUUUCAAAUCAGCAGAGGAAGUCACCUCUGAUAUACAUAAUGGAGCUAAGUUGCUAGUUGGUGGUUUCGGUCUAUGUGGAAUUCCAGAAAAUCUUAUAGCAGCUCUUUUAAAAAGGGGUUCUUCAGAACUUACAGUGGUCUCAAAUAAUGCUGGUGUAGACGAUUUUGGGUUGGGCUUAUUAUUAAAACAAAAUAGAAUCAAAAGAAUUAUUGCCUCCUAUGUGGGAGAGAAUGCAGAAUUUGAAAGACAGUAUCUCUCAGGGCAGCUGGAGGUCGAAUUAACUCCUCAGGGAACUUUAGCGGAAAGAAUCCGAGCUGGUGGAGCUGGUAUCCCAGCAUUUUACACAGCCACAGGUUUUGGGACAAUAGUCCAAGAUGGCAAUGCCGUUAUAAAGUAUGAUUCAAAGGGUGCACCAGAGAUAUCAGGAGAAUCAAAAGAAGAUGGUCAGUUCAAUGGGCGUAAUUAUGUUCUGGAAACCGCGAUAACUGGAGAUUUCGCACUGGUGAAGGCAUGGAAAGCUGAUAAGGCAGGAAAUUUGAUAUUCAGAAAGUCAGCAAGAAACUUCAACCCAGUUAUGUGUAAGGCUGCUCAAGUAACGAUUGCUGAAGUUGAGGAAAUAGUAGAGAUUGGUGAACUAGAUCCAGAUAAUGUACAUGUUCCUGGCAUAUAUGUGAACCGAAUUAUUAAAGGCCCUUCAUAUGAGAAGCGAAUUGAGAAAACCACAAUAAAGAGGCCUGCAAAACCAACAAAAAUAACACCUGCCGGUAAAGCGAGAGAAAGGAUAAUACGUCGUGCAGCACUUGAGUUUAAAAAUGGGAUGUACGCUAAUUUGGGAAUAGGCAUACCCAUGCUUGCCAGUAACUACAUUCCCAAAGGAAUUCAAGUUACUCUGCAAUCAGAAAAUGGAAUUCUUGGACUAGGCCCAUUCCCAAGUGAAAAUGAAGUAGAUCCAGAUUUAAUUAAUGCUGGUAAAGAAACUGUCACAGUUGUACCCGGGGCUUCAUAUUUCGGAAGUGACGAAAGUUUUGCAAUGAUUAGAGGUGGUCAUAUCGACUUGACAAUUCUUGGAGGGAUGCAAGUAUCUCAAAAAGGGGACCUGGCAAAUUGGAUGAUUCCGGGAACUAUGGUGAAAGGAAUGGGCGGAGCAAUGGAUCUCGUAGCGGCAUCUAAUACCAAAGUUGUUGUGACUAUGGAACACAAGGCUCGUGAUGGUCGACCUAAAAUUUUAGCAAAUUGCACACUCCCAGUAACAGGUCAAGGUUGCGUGGACUUAAUCAUCACAGAUCUUGCUGUAUUUGAAGUGAUACAUGAUGAAGGCUUAAGACUUAUCGAGUUGGCUCCCGAUGUGGAGAUCGCAGACGUUAUAAGUUCUACAGGAUGUGAAUUCGAUGUAGCAAAGGAUUUGAAAGUAAUGGGACAAGUGGUGAUUGACGGAGAUGCCUAGAACGCCAUGUGUAAGCUUGUUCCAUUUCUAUAAGUUGCUUCAUGUCGGUUUUUUUUUCUUUUUAAUCAGAUUAAACAUUCACAGUUGAAAAAAUUAUGAAAGCUUAUAUUUUGUACCAAAAAUCGCGGAAUAUGAAUCUAUUGGUAAGCUUAGGAAAGAGUUGAUUUUUUGGCGAAAUGGACUUAUGAAAAGUUUAUUCAAAUAUUAUAAUUGUACCAGUGCAAUAACGUUGUAAAGAUUUUAUCCAAGUGAGCAUUCCACUUGCAAUUAUUUGUUAAUUUGAUUCGAUUGUUGGUGGUACUGAUUUCGUAAUUUUGUAAAAGAAAAAUAUUCGUAAAGAUUUUAUAUGUUGUAUAAAUGCUAUCACAGUACCGGUACGAAAGAUAGAUGCGUGGUUUUUUCAAGUCCGCAAAUUUUAAAUAACACAGUUAUAUGUACAGGCAUCUAUAUUUUUACUUUGGUAAAUAAAUAUCCAGACAUUGUAAAAUAACCAGGAUUACAAAUAAAUAUAAGUGCAGUCAA